UGGCUAAAAUGAACUGGCAACGUUGUAAGUAGUCUGACAGAUAAAACGGCUAAAAAAUCUUGAUUUUGGCUUUAGCGAUGUGUAAUUUUUGUAAGAUAAUGGAUUAAAUUUACUUGAAUGUUGGUUCAUAUUUUUUACGUUAAAUACAAUUUUAGCUUGUAAAAAAUGUAAUUAAAAAUUAUCUGUUAAUUUUUAUAAACCAAACAUCUGUUUAUCAAGUGGGCAAAAUUUUCUAAAAAUGGUUGAAGAUAAAGAGAAACUGGUUAAUUUAAUCAGACAUUAUCAGGACAGCCUUAAAAGAAACUAUGAAAAAAAUAAUGAAUCAAAGAUACUUUAUAAUAUUGAUAAACUAUAUAACCUCCCAAUAAAAGUGCAUCAUUUAGAAGCUACAGGAAUAGGUCGAACUGUAAAUGGUUUAAGAAAGCUUGGAGGCGAAGUGGGUAAUGCUGCUAAAUCUUUAGUGGCAAAAUGGAAGGAAAUAGUUUUAGUUGAAGAAGUUGACGAAAAGGAAUCAGUUUCAGCUGAAACCAGUAAAGAGAGCAUUGAAUCUUGUAAUGAAAAAGAUGAUGAAGAGGAUGAUGAAGAUGAAGAAAAGCUGACAAUUAACGAACCAAACUAUGAUUUGGAAACUUCAAAUGAUAGAAAAUAUAAUAAAAAUCACGAAAUUUCCAAAUCGCACCAUAGUCGAAAAGAAGAGAAAUCAGAAAGACAUAAAAAACGAAGAAAAAGCACCAGUGGUAGUGAAGAUAAAGAAAGUGAUGAUGAACGACAUCGAAAAAUCAGAAAAAAUCACAAGAAACGAGAACAUGAAUCAUCAGAAUCAGAAGAUACUAAAGAAGAAGGAAAAAUAAUCAAGAAAUACAGUAAAGAAGAAACAAUAAAAAGCAAGAAACGUAGGGACUUAGUAGAUGAAGAACCUAAUUUUUCUAAAUCAAAGCCCAUUAAACAAAGACAUAGUGAUAAAGAAAAUAAUGAAAAAGAAAGGGUGAAAAAGCAUAAGUCUAGUAAAACAGAACACAUGGAUAGUGAUGAAGAAAAUGAUAAAGGAAGGGAGAAAAAGCAUAAGUCUAGUAAAACUGAUCGCAUGUAUAGUGAUGAAGAAAAUGAUAAAGGAAGGGAGAAAAAGCAUAAGCCUAGUAAAAGUGAUCGCAUAUAUAGCGAUGAAGAAAAUGAAAAAGGAAGGGAGAAAAAGCAUAAGUCUAGUAAAAGUGAACACAUGUCUAGUGAUGAAGAAAAUAAUAAAGGGAGAGACAAAAAGCAUACAUCUAGUAAAAGUAGGGAAGUAGAGAAAUCUUCAAGACCUUCAAGUAGCAGAUCUAAUAAACAUAGAGAAGACAAGCAUAAAUCAAAAAGUGUAGAUAAAGAAAACGAAGAACUGAAAAUGAAAGAAGAAAGAUCAUCUCAUAAGAAAGAUACAAAAUCGAAGCAUAGGGAAGAAAAAAAGGAAAAAGUAAGUGAUAAACCGAAAAAAGACGAAAAAGAAAGAAAAACGAAAGAACAAAAUUUUGGCAAAACAGAAGAGAAAAAUUCAAAAAAACAUAAAAGUUCUAAGUCCAGUAAAGAAGAAAAAUCUACAUCUACAAAAUUGCCUGUUGAUAAAGUUAUUAACGGGAUCGAUUCUGGUUCAGGCGCGAGUUUUGCAGAGGCACUUGGCAUGUGUGUACCAAUAAAAAAAGUUAUUUCCUCUUCUACUAGUUCAAAAAAAAAGGUUUCUUCAAAUUUGGCGAGUAAAAAUGACGCUUCCUCUUCCGGUCAUUCCUCUUAUAGCAAUAGAGAAAAACAGGAACCUUAUAAGGCUGAGAUUCCUAAAUUGUUAAUAGAACCUUAUGAGCCAGUAGACUUGAACAUAUCAAGUCUUUUGCCAAGCAUAACCCCCAACUAUCGGCCUCUUGGCAAUGCUGUGGCAGUAGACGCCCCAUUUAAACGAACGCUUACUGACUACGAAGCGCUGACCCACGUAAUUACCACUAAAAACCAAAGGACUAAGGUAUAUUCAGGCAACAAAGUCACCAACGGUAUAGUGCCUUCACUCUUUGAACUUUGCGUCAGGAUACUACAAGAUAAUCUUGAUGCUCUUGAGUAUACUGGAGGCGUACCAUAUUCCAUUUUAAAACCUAUUUUGGAUAAAGCCAAUCCAGAUCAACUUUAUAUGAUGGAACACCAUAAUCCUUACCUUAUAGAAGACACAGAUGAACUUUGGCAACUUCACUGCAACAAAGAGUUUCGAUUACAAAAAAGAGAAGAGAUGGAGUCCUGGAGAGAUAUGUAUAUGAGGUGUUUGGAUGAACGGGAGGCAAAAUUAAAAGCAUUGACGGCUAAUAUUAAACAAUCUCAGGACAAGUCCACGCCUGUAAGGCAAACGAAAUUAGCUUACGUUGAUGGUGUUGUCAAACCACCUAGGAAUAUUAUACGAAAACAGGCAAAAAAUGGAACAGUUUUUGACAAAAAACCCUCUCAAACUCCCUCAUCUAGGUUAAACUCAUUGGCUACAGCAGGUGGAGAGUCAGUACCUAAUCCUGGAAGUAGAGCUUCCACGAUGAGUAGAUCAAGUUCAAGUUCCUCUGCUAUGAAACCUAAAAAAGCCCCUCUAAUGGCGAAAACUCUAUCUUUUAUGAAAAAUAGAUUUAAGAGAUAGAAAAUUAUUUUAAUAUAUAAUAUGUGUACAAUAUUGUACAUAUUUAAAAAUGUUUGUUUGAAAUUUAAACCCUCAGUCUUAUUUAUUAAAUUUUUUUUUACUAUAAGUUGACAUUUUAAACAAUUUUAUUGUAGAGACAAAGUUUUAAAUUGUGUUUCUGCAAUGAAUUAAUUUUUUUCAUUGUGUAGGUAUGUACUUUUUAACAUAUUUAUUAUUUUUUGUGUAUUUUUUUUUAAUGAUUUUAUCAUGUGAUUUAUCUUAAAACGAAAUAAAGAUUUAACGUUUUUAUAAUUAUAUGUUUUAUAUUACAUUCCUUAAACUUUAGUGUAACCUAUUUAUAUGAUUUUAAAAUAUAUAUCCAGGGCAGUUCCCAACUGUUUAGCCAGCUACGGAUGUGCAAAAUAAAAUUGACAAUCAUUUUUGUACAAGGUGGUAUGUCCAAUGUUUAAAAAAGUUUAGUGAUUCAAAACUCGAUUUUUUUUAGGGUGACAGUAAAACAAAAUUUGGUCGUGCCGCCACCCAAAAAGCUUUGAAAUAACUCCAGAAAAAAUUGCGCUCAUGAAACUUUUUUUUAUCGCACAAUGUUUUUUAUUUAUUUAUUUAUGACCCAAAAAAUAAUACAGAAUUCAAUAGCAGGUAAAAAAGUAAACAUAUUGAAAUAGAUACAAUAUUAAAAAGUUUUAUCUUAUAGUUGGGUAGUAGGGGAUCCAAAUCCCGGGGCCAAAAGGCCAAUUGGGACUUCGAGACCCGGCUGAAAAAACCGGGACUAGUCCCGAAGUCCCGAAUAUGGCAAGUAGGUAGAUCUUUACCUUAUUUACGAUAUGACUAGAACGAGUGGUAAAUAAAACAACUGUCUCAUCAUGAA